CCUAAAGGACCAUCAGCUCACGCGAGCGAGGAGGCGUUGGUGCGAAGGCACACACUUGAUUGAGGCACACACUGGAGCGAGGCGUGCGAAGGCGGCGAAGGCACACGCAAUCAUGAUUGUUACUGAACUCGACCAUCUCGAGAAAACACGCCGAUUUCGCGAGCAGGAGCUGCAGCGCAAGCAGCUCCAGUUCUUCCUCGACCUGCUCAACUCAUACAAUACCCAGGCGACUCUCGUCACCGGCUUCGCCUUUACGGCCUUCUCGGCUGACGCGCUGCACGACCUCCCGUAUGCGACCUCCCCCAUCAAGUCGACCUUCUUCGCCUCCUUCUCCGCAAUCGCGAUGGGCACCGCCGUCUCCGUCGUCUGCAUCUCCUCGUAUCUGAUGCAGCGGGUCGAGCGGCUCGCGCUGACCAACUCUGUCGGCUGCGCGCUGGCCGCCGUCAGGCAGCGCAUGCCCACCAUAUACACCUUAUACAUCAUCAGCCUGAUCGGCCUCUUUGGCGCCGCCUCCUCGCUGCUCUUCGCCAUGUGUGACGACGACGACGACGUAUGCAGAGACGUGGGCAUCACCGUCGUCGGACUCUUCAUCACAUGCACCGUCCUCGCCCUCUUUGUGCUCAACCGCAUCCGGACGCAGUUCGAUCGGUACGGGCGCGGGAACCACUCGUGCUUCAACCUCGCAGUCGACCCCUCCUUCGAGGACACGCAGAGGCCGCGGCGGGCGGCGCCGAACCUCAAGACGGCGGGCCGUGCGGUCGAGGUGGCGCGAGAGAGGGGGCCGUCGCCGGCGAGCAUCAUGGCCGUGCAGUCGGUGGCCGCAGCUCGCAAAGGCCUGUCCCCCGUGAAGAGAUCAGAGACGCAGCCGCUGCCAAUCAGGUACGUCUUGCGGCGGGGGACGAGCGUGAGCUCGUGAGUCGAUCGUGAGGGGUUAGACAGCAAGCGAGAGAGAGAAAGAGAGCAGGUGUAUUCUGUGCCCGUUGGACGUUGCGGCUUCUCUCAGCUUGCGCGGUGCACUUCUUUUAUUUGUAGUUUUCAUGCGUAGUUUUCAUGCGUACC